AUGACCGUCGCCCGCCACCACCCUCGGCCGCCGCCGCCGCCACCCUCCUCGGCCACCCCCGGACGCCGCUCGCCGCCGCCCCGGCCGGCGCCGGCCGUCCCCGGACGCCGCCGCCGCUGCCCCGGACGCCGCCAGGCCGUCCUUGGACGCGCCGCGCCGUCCCCGGACGCGGCACCGCAACCGUACAUCGCGAUCCACCGGCGCCGUCGCGACUGGACCACCACGCCGCUCGGCAGGACACGCCUCAGCUCCAGCCCUUCCUCCUCCCGUGCCUCAGCAGGCCGCGCGUCGGCCCUUCCUCCUCCCGCGCCGGACAGAAGCAGCAAGACCCGCCGCCGACGAGCCACCGCCGCACGGCCCUUCUCCCACAACCCCCGGCGCCCCACGGCCCUCCAACCACCACCGCCGGCGAUCUGCUCCCAGCAUGGCUGA